AUGGUGAAGCUGAACUGCAGCUUCUCGGGGAAGACAGGCUCCGGGGACGCGGCUACCAUGGACAGCGUCCCUCUGAUCAGCCCCCUGGACGUCAGCCAGCUACAGCCUGCGUUCUCCGACCAGGUUGUCAUUAAGACACAGACAGAAUACCAGCUGUCCUCCGGGGACCAGCCGACAAAGUUCUCUGACCUGGAGGCCCAGAAGCUGGGCGGUGGCCACCCGGAGGAUGCACGUGGCAGGAUGCCCACAGGGCGGAUGAUCGCCUUCACCAUGGCGCUCAUGGGCUGCCUCCUGAUCAUGUACAAGGCCAUCUGGUACGACCAGUUCAGCUGCCCCGACGGCUUCCUGCUUCGGCACAAGAUCUGCACCCCGCUGACCCUGGAGAUGUACUACACCGAGCUGGACCCCGAGCACCACCGCAGCCUCCUGGCGGCCAUCGGGGCCUACCCAGUGGGCCGCAAGCACGGCACGGAGACCCCGUGGUUGUCCGCGAGCUACCACGCCUUCAAGGAGGCGCCCAAGGCGCACAAGGCGCCUGCCCGCGCGGCCAUGGCGGCGCCCUCGGGGAAGCCCUCGGGGAAGCCCUCCGGGGAGGCCUCGGCGCCUGGCGAGAAGGAGGCGGCGCAGAAGGUGGAGGGGAGCGCGCCGCCCCCAGCCCCCCAGUGA